AGUUUAUUCAUAUAAUCUUUCAAAAUGGUCAAAUUUCUAAUAAUUUUGUUUUCACUGUUUGUUAUCGUUACGAUAAAAACCGCACUUGCAAGAAGAAAUAGACCUGAAGAUAAAACAAAAUGUCCGGAAGUUAGAGCUAUAAGAAACUUUGAUUUACAAGAGAUGCUGGGUGAUUGGUACGUAAUCGAAUAUUAUGCAAGCUCGGAAGAAGCUCUUUCUUAUCGAUGUAUGAGGGCAGAAUUCACCAUGUCUACAUUCGAGAAUAUUAAUAUGAAUUUCACUUAUAGUUUUGUAGAUGAUCCUAUAAAUGAAAUACUGAUAGGCAAUAUAUCUUGGAUUAUGCCUAAUCCGGAAGUACCAGCUCAUUGGAUUCAUUCAGAAGAUACUUAUGAAGGGGUCUACAAUACGUAUGUUUUAGACUCAGACUACACAUCGUGGGCUCUACUCCUUCAUUGCGCUGAAAAAUCUAAAGUACCUAGAUAUCUAUCGAGUUUUAUUAUGAGCAGAGAACCGAUAUUAGGAAAUAAUGUUGUAUCAUAUCUUAGAGAUAAACUUCCAAGAUACGAUAUUGAUUUAUCUUACAUGUUUGAUAUGCAACAAAACGAUUGUAAUUCUACGUUUAUUGAUAUACCACCAUCGUUGUUGGUAGACAGACCUAUAAUGUCUUCUAGAAGACAUCCUAUGAAACAUCACCAUGGGGAAUAAAGGAAAGAAUGCUUAUUGUAAUUUCCACAUUAAAUUUAUAUAUUUACUACAAAAUAGAAUUUAUUUUCUGCUGACAUCUUGCAUUUAGUAAUCUUGUAUGGAAAUAUUUUUAAUGAUUUUGAAUAUUAUUAAUAUUUUUUUUAACAAAAUAUACUUAUUUCUUCUCAAGCUGGGUCCAAAUACAAAAAAUAUGAGCUAUAUAUAAUACGCAUAUAUAUUUUAUUAAAAAUAAAAAAAAUGUAUUCUUUAAUUAAUAUAAAAUAAAUUUCUUUCUAAUAAAUAAAUCAUUUGAGUGUAUAACUCUAUUUCCACGGUGGUUUAGGACCUUUACGAUCUUUCUGUCCUUUUUGGUUUAACUUUCCAUCUUCUUGGUCCUAAAAAAUAUAAUUUUUCUAUAGUUGAACCAAUAUGAGAAACUGUACAUAAAAAAGAAUAUAAAAUACACCUUCUGGCUUUAUCUUUUGAUUAUCUCCUUAUUGAGAUUAUAGUAAAAUUUCUGCUUGUUAAUGCGCAACCACAAUCAAGAUCGGUGAACGAUCAUGACUGUGGUAUUUACCUAGAUCUGUUUUCUCUACUCUAGAGUUAUCGUUCCGUGAGUAUUUCUACAAUACACAAACGUAGUAAGGCCACUCUAUUUUCCUUCCUCAUUUUCAAAAUUUUAACACCACUGUCGUUACGAUAUGUCCUUCCUUCCGUCAGGAUUUUAAACAACUAUAAAAUAUCUGAUCUGCCAUCCAGACCUUUCGAAAUCCGACGAUUUUACCAACGGAUUCGUCAUCUUACCCAUCAGAUCUGGCAGUCUGAAAUACAACUAGAUCUUUAUGGUAGUUAAUGACGGUUUUGGUCCGUGACAGAUCAGAUCUGUAAGAUAGAAUGACAGAUCUAGGUGGAGAGACAGAUCGUUCUAAAAUCCCCUCGUGUAGGUCUAGCUAUUGAUAUAUUUUUAAUAGUUAUGAGUUAUAAAUAUUAAUUAUUUUCACAUAAGUAUCAAAAUCAAACCUGUUUAGUAAGUUCAUGUUAAUAUACUAUGGCAAAAUUAUAAUUUUAUACUUACUUGAAAAUACUGUAACUUGCUAAAAUCUAUAGUUCCAGUUUCUUUGGCCUCAUGAUGAAAAUCACCAGGUGGUUUGUUCAAUAACUGAAGGAAAAAACAUUGUUCAACCUCUUACACGCUAAGUUAUUGAUGGAAAAAAUAGUUACACAUUAACGAGUUCAUGGAUUUAGCGAUAGAUUUCGACUCGGCGCCCCCGAAAAAUCUAUUCUACGUAAAAAAACAUAAGAAAAUGCUCUAAAACUGAGGGGAGUAUGAACGGCUACGGAAACCCCCCUAGCUGCCGUACCACUAUUGGUUUUGGGAAAAAAAUUUAAGAAUAAAAAAUAUUUAUAUAUAAAACAAGGAUUUUAAAUUAUAUUUUUAUUUCAUAAAACUUCAUCUUGAAAAACAGUUUUGUUAUGAAAUAAAGCAAGGGUUGCUAAUUUCAUCCUCGUAUAAUGUACAGGAAUAUUAAGAAAAUAUCCAUAGUUAGUCAGAAUUUCAAGUUAUUUAAUACUUUUAUACAUAUAAUUUUUUAUGUUAUACUUUUACUAUAAUUUCAGUCCCGAUGAUAAAUACAUGAGUGGACAUCUCGCAAUAAUAUAUAUUGGACAGAGUACA